AUGUCGGGGAAAAUGACGUUGUAUAAAUUGGUGGUGCUAGGGGAUGGUGGUGUCGGAAAAACAGCCCUCACAAUUCAGCUUUGUCUAAACCAUUUCGUUGAGACCUACGAUCCGACCAUCGAAGACUCGUAUCGUAAACAAGUCGUGAUUGAUCAACAGUCGUGCAUGUUGGAAGUACUGGACACAGCAGGUCAAGAGGAAUAUACUGCGCUGAGAGACCAGUGGAUCCGUGACGGCGAAGGGUUCGUUCUCGUCUACAGCAUCACCUCGAGAGCUUCUUUCUCCCGCAUACAGAAAUUCUACAAUCAGAUCAAGAUGGUCAAGGAAUCGGCCAACUCCGGAUCGCCCUCGGGGGCCAGUUACUUGGGAUCCCCGAUUCACACGCCUUCAGGCCCCCCGCUUCCGGUGCCGGUCAUGUUGGUUGGCAACAAAAGCGACAAAGCCGUCGAGCGCGCGGUUUCAGCUCAGGAGGGGCAGGCGCUUGCCAAGGAUCUCGGUUGCGAAUUCGUCGAGGCCUCCGCGAAGAAUUGCAUCAAUGUGGAGAAGGCAUUUUACGACGUGGUCCGGAUGUUGCGACAGCAGCGCCAGCAACAGCAAGGACGGUCUCAGGAUAGACGAACGACCGGUUUGGGUGCCGGGCGUGAUCCUGGUCCCGAGUAUCCCAGAUCAUUCCGGCCCGACCGUACGGGAAGCCAUCGCCGCCCGUUCAAGUGCACAAUUCUGUGA